AACACAGGCGUCUUCCUCGACCCCCCCACCCCCUGGAGAAAACCAAGACAACGUGUUCUGCAGCUCUCUCUCUCUCUCUCUCUCUCUCUCUCUCUCUCUCUCUCUCUCUCUCUCUGCCACCCGAUUUCCCCGCGAUGUUUUUGUGUUUGGAUUAAGUUUCCAAGUCAUUUCGAGGGGCACGGACGCUGCGGGGAGACAUGAGGACAGCUGUCGGCUCUCCCGUGGAUGAUGAUGUCCCACAAUGAACGCAGAUUUUCAAAAUCCACUGCAAAUCCCUCAACCGAAGGUCCGCAGUCAUCUGACCAUCUUAGUGCAGUCCAAGCUGAUGUCCAGGCCGUGUCCCCCUGUCCAUGGUCCAAAACCUCCUGUCGCCCCCAAGCCCAGACCCCUGUGUGGGCCUCACACACACAGGGAGAGCUGCCCACCACAGAGCCUGAGUAACGGGGACCUGGCACACUCUGAUGGAGAGACGGAAGAUCUCCAUGAAAUGGCUGAGGAGAAUCAGGACCAAGAGGAGAAAAGUGAGGCAGAGGGCAAGUUCAAUGACAAUGGCAUGGGACAUAAUAACAAAGAGGACACAGUAGAGGGAGAAAUUGAGAAGGGCACAGAAAAAGAAGUGGACAUAUUAGAUAAUGACAAUGACAGCAUUGGCUCUGAGGACACAGUCAAAGCAGAUGAUGGUUCGACUGCUGACACUACUGAGGAUGAAAACACUGACAAUGACUUGAACCAGCCCGAGGGUGGCAAUCAUACUGAUGAUGAGAAUACAUCAGUACUCUCACUUCUUCCUGCUGACAUGGAGGAUAAAACAGGAGAGGACGCAGAAAAGGAGGGACAGAGUUGCAGUGAAAAGAGUGAAAUACUCAGUGACUCUACAGGACACGUAGAGGAAGAAAACUUUGAUCAAACGCAGUCACUCAGUCAGAGUGAUCAGGACAGUGAGACUGAACUUAAUGCACCGUACAGCGGACGUAGUGAGGACUGUGUUCACUGUCCGGACGAGACCGAGCUGGACGCCGGAGAAUUUGCAUUUGGAUUCAGCGUGCUUCCAACUGUAAAUGAGGAGUAUCCCUACGAUGUGAUUGGCCCCACAGAUGAUGCCAGUGAUACAUGUGAGUCAUGUGACCCAGCUGAAACAGAGGUAUGGCAACCAGAACGGGCCACCAAAGACCUCUCAGGCUGUUUUCGAUUCACAUCAAGCACUGAGGAUGUGUUCGGGCCUUAUUCCGUCAUUGAGGCUGUUCCGGCAGAUGUCGCUGACACUGCGGACCCAGAGUGGAGUCAGGAUGAUACUGAUGACAAGCCUUCAGACGAAAUGCAAACAGCAGGUGCGUCUAACCAGGAACCUUACUAUGUGUCAUCAGAUGAUGUGGACAAGCUGGAGGAUAAGCAAUCCCUCUCAGUACCAGGUGAGACCGAGGAGGCCACUGAGCAGUCAGAUGAGCACAAAGAAAAAGCAAAGGGCAAUGAGUCAGCAGAUGAGUACGCAGACAUUGACGACUCGCUGUGCACUAAAGCGGAUGACUUCGAUCAGUGUGUCUCAUCGGAGGAUUAUGUCGAGAUAGGCGAUGAGGACGAGGAGGAAGAAACGGAAAAGAAACAUAUCAAAGGAAAAAGUGCGAAAGAGAGGACGGCGAAACGAGAGCAGGCUUUCCUCAGCCAGCGAGCAAGCUGCCAGCCUCGCCUCAGGUUGUGCAACAUCACAGUACCAGCUGACCUCGACCUGGGCCGCACCCCAGAGCUCACCAACAGGGUGGUGUUUGCCCACACCACUGAGGCCUUUGAAGAAGACAUUGAGGAACUGGACUGCCAUAUUGUGCCUUACUAUGAGGACACAGACUCGGACAGUGAAGAACAUAUUUACGAAGAGGCAGGGUUUGACUCAGAGGGAGAGAACUUUGUGACAAUUGAUAGGAAGACGAUUGUCACACGAUCACGCUCUUAUUCUGGGAAAGUUCCGGGUUAUGUCCCAGAAACUGUACCAGAGGAGACAGGGACAGAGUACCAGACUCAUGACUACUGUACAGUGGCCAUGGAUAAGACCAAUGAACCACUUGGCCAUUCACAGCAGCCUGGGACCAACUGUUUGAUCCCAUCUAUGAAGUCUCGCCGCUUCUUGUUAUAUUCCCGGUCUGCAGAAGGUCCAGAAUUGUCUUUGACUACCCCCUUAGAAAUCGGCCAGUCUCUGAAGGAUGAGAUCAGGAUGAAGAGGAAGGAUGAUACCCUUUCACUCCCAUGUGUCAUAACCUCUUCUGGAAGCUUCUCCCAGCGUAGCCAUCAUUCAUCCAGUGGUGUUUCCACACCAACCUCUCUAGUGGACAUCCCACCACCAUUUGAGCUGGCAUACAUUACUAAAAGACCAGUCACCAAGAGUUCCCCAUCCGUCCUGAUCCAGCAUGAACCUAAUGACAUACCCAAAAAGAAGAAAUCCUCCUUCAAGCGUUUUCUGGCUCUUAAGUUCAAGAAGAAGACAGAUUCAAAGGGUUUCAGUGAUGGAAGUGUCCGCUCUUCACGUUCUUCCUCCGAGUCUAGCCACCACGGCCCGGUAAGAGUCAUAGAGCUUGAUCGCAGGAGCACCGGCAGCUCUCCUCAGCUUCAGUCCCACAUAGUGAACCCCCAGCAGCGUCCUUUAGACCUGCCAUCCUCCUUUGUCCACCACCAGAGAAGAAAAUCUUACGGCAGGGGCAUCUCCAGAGUGGAGUCCUUUGAGGAGCGUUCUCGGCGCUCCGUCAUGCCGCUGCCUUUGACCAAACCCCGCUCCAUCUCCUUCCCCAGUGCGGACACCUCUGACUACGAAAAUAUCCCAGCCAUGAGCUCAGACUACGAGAACAUCCAAAUCCCAGGCAGACCCACCAGAUCCCACACAGUGACUGAGUUUUUUGAAGACCCAAACCGCAGUACAGUUCCCUGCAAUGAGAAUGAUGGUUAUGUGGAUAUGAACAGUUUCCCAGGGAUUGACAGCAAACUCCAGAUGUCAAAAGCAGAUGCUGAAAGUGCCUACACGGAGCCUUUCCCAAUGAACUCUGCUGGGCUGUCAGCAGACGAAGACCACGGGCGUACCUCAGAGGAGGAAGAGGGGGUGGCGGAGCAAAGUUAUGACCGGCAGAUUGAUGGACGAUCCCGAGCCUUCUACGUCGCCAAAGAGCUCGUCGACUCAGAGAGACUACAUGUCAGCGCCCUUAAGUACCUUCAAGAGGACUUCAGGUUAGCAGUGGCAGAGGCGGAGGGUGAGGAUGGGGAGCCCGUGCUGGAGGAGCAGAGGUUAGGAGAGAUAUUGGGUGUACUCCCCCAGGUCUACACCCUCCACAGCAGCAUCCUCACCGAGCUGGAGGAACGCAUCAGCCAGUGGGAGGAGAGCCAAAGGGUAGUAGAUGUGAUCCUGUCACGUCGGCAGGACUUCGGGGUGUUUGACACCUAUAUCUCAGAGUAUGAUCGCAGCAUGUCCUUACUGGAGGAGAGCUGCAGGAACAACCUGGCCUUCGCCGGCAUCGUCAAGAAAUAUGAGACAAGAAGCCCAGAAGAAGCUGAAGUCCCACUGAAGCACCAGCUGCUGCAGGUUAUAGUGAGAGUACUUCAAUAUCGAAUGCUACUCACAGAUUACCUGAACAACCUCUCUCCUGAUUCUAAAGAAUACGAGGACACGCAAGCUGCCUUGGUGAUCGUGUCCGAGGUGGCAGACCAGGCCAAUGACAAUCUGAAACAGGGGGAGAACCUGCUGCGUCUGGUCCACAUAGAGUACAGCGUGAAGAGCAAGAGGGACCUCCUGAAACCUGGAAGGAUGUUUGUCAAAGAGGGAACACUCAUGAAGGUCUCGAAGAAAAGCAGGCAGCCCCGACACCUGUUUCUGAUGAAUGAUAUAAUGCUGUACACCUACCCUCAGCAGGAUGGAAAAUACAGGCUUAAGAACACACUGUCUCUCUCUGGGAUGAAGGUGAGCAAACCUGUCCUCGACAACGUACUGAACUGCCUCAGGAUCGAGGUGUCUGACAUCACCAUCACUCUCUCAGCCAGUUCAGUUGGAGAGAGGGAGGACUGGUUCCACACACUGAGUCGAGCCAUAGCAGACCACGCUGCAGGACUCUGCACGUUCGGUGGACCCUGCAGUGAGGCCCGUGAGAAGCUGUGGAUGGCCCUGGGUGAGGCGGCUCCUGUGCUGGUGCCCGUUUCUCAUGUGAUGAUGUGCAUGAACUGUACCUCCGACUUCAGCCUCACGCUGAGACGACACCACUGCAACGCCUGUGGCAAGGUGGUGUGCCGAGCUUGUUCCAGGAACAGAUACCCACUGAAGUACCUCAAAGACAGGGUGGCCAAAGUGUGUGACCACUGCUAUGCCGAGCUCAGGAAAAGAGGGGGUAGUGUGUCGGGGGCCUGUGGUAACUCCAGCCCUCGGACUCACAGGGCCAGCCGUCCCCUCUCUGCGGUCUUCCAGAGCCUGCAGCCCCCGAGUUUGUGGAAGAGCAGGAAGAGCACCUCUCCUCUCAACCAGCUGGCGCUUGCCGUGGAGGGCUCCACCAUGAGCGGCAGCCUGCAGCGCCGGAAGAAGAGCAAGCGGAAGUGGAAGCGGCUGUGGUUCCUCCUCAAAGACAAGGUGCUCUACACCUUCACAGCACGUGAGGAUAAAGUGGCUUCAGAGAGUCUACCUCUGCAGGGGUUCACCGUCAAGCUGACUGAGAGGCCGGAGGGAGAGGAGAGCAGCAACGUGUUCCAUCUGUACCACAAGAAGACCCUGUACUACACCUUCAGGGCCGAUGACCAACACACUGCACGCAGAUGGGUCAAUGCAAUGGAGGAGGCUACUGUUUUAUAGCACCCGCUCAGUUAAAUGAAUGUGGCCUGCUGUCCAGGACUUCUAGAACUCCUCUGUGGAGGACAACAUAGCUACCUGCCACAUCUGAGCUCACUCCAUCAGUCAGGAUUCAUCACAUCUGACCUGUUGUGGAAUAUCAUGUGACAUCUUGAUCAGCAGGGGGGGAUCUUAGACAAGGCUGCCACCCAAUGGAAGGGAGGUAAAAGCAGGGGAGUCUGAGGGUUGUGGAAACCUCUUGCUGGAGUUUGUUCUAAUGUGUGAAGUUUCCCAGUGUGCAGAUCCAGCAGAGUUCACAGGAGUCCUCACUUUUUAGGAGCAGCUUGGCUACAUCAAAUGUUUCAUCUAACAGAACACUUUAUGCCCUUUGUUCCCCCUUUUCUAAAGGACCAUCCCACAAAAGUCAACUUUUUAAACUUUGCUGUACGUUGGUGUCUUUUUUCUGAGGUUCCACUGGAUUAUUAAAGCACUCUUUUGGUUCUGCAGAACGUCACAUGUGUUCACGCUGUGUUCUGCGAUCACUUUGCAAAAACAUCUAAAACAAACUUUGCUCCAUAGUAGUAUUUACAAGUAGAAGGGAAAAUACUGGUAACCGUUUAAGAGAGAUAUUUGGUAUUCUGAAUAUAUAUGUGAAGUAUACACUGCAGAUAUUGAAGUGAAUUACAUGACCUGUUUGUAUAGAAAUGGUGUUACAUGAUGUUCUGAGUAAGAGGUCAUUUUAACCAUCACGUUGUGUGUACAUUAUAUUUCUAGUGGAGUGUUACUCUUGUAUUGAAUCUACAAAGCUAUGGAAUGACCCUCAGCAUGACAGCCACUCGACAGCAUUCCUAGAAGGAUGACCACUUUCAAAGACACUUUGUAUUUGAGUCUGUAGGUUUUUGACGAAUCUGUCAUACAGUUCUGAAGUGCCAAUUGAUUUCUUCUAGUUGAAUGCAGUGCAAUUUGCAAAUGAUGAUGAAUGUGCCUGAAAUGAAAUUGUACUCCUUGUUCGUCUUUUGUUAUCACAGUACUGUACUACUGUCAUGCCUCCAGAAGAGACCUUGAUAACAUUUGCUUUUGAUCUACUCUUAUAUACUUUAAUCUUCUUGUAUUCUGAACACUUCAGUUACAAUCCAGUAACAUGAGAAUAUACUAUUGUGCCACUUUUAUUAAUGCAUUUUUCUUGCUGUAUAUACAGUGCUGGAUAGAAUCGUACUUUAACCACUUGGACUUAAUGGAAAGCGCUGAACUAAAUCCAUUGUCAUACUACCUAUAAACUGUCAGCUGCUCAUGUCUUCAGCAGCAGGGAGGACACUGGACUUUCACUCUUCCUUUACAUAAUCACACAUGUAUAGUUUCUCCUAAAUAUUAAAAGAACCUACUUAAAUGCACCAUCUGCUCCAUUCUCAAUGCAGCUGUACUACAUGUGAUCUUUCACCCUGUCAAACUACAUUCUUUCUAAAGCACACAUUCGUUCAUCAGACAAGUACUGUUCAGCUUUUCUACCUGUUUCCUAUGUGCCAUACCUAUAGCGUUAUUAUGGAUUGUACCUCUUGCAUAUAGUGCAUUGUAAAUGUUUAUGUAUAUAGAUAUGCAUAAAAAUAAACUC